AUCACCGCGCCGCGUCUUGGGAGGUGUUGCCAUGGUAACGGUGCGACGCCAUGCCGGGCCCCGCUGGGCCGCGGCCUCCGCCGGCAGCAGCUGGAUAUGCUGGAGCCACCAAAGCCCCGAAUUCCCGGAGAACUUCCAGGGUUUUCCAGGGAAAACCCACACGGAGAGGGGUCCUGGUGGGCAGUCAGGGAGCUGUGCAGGUUUUUGAUGAAGAAGGGAAGAACGUGACACCCCAUCCCCUGUUCCAGCCAGACCCAAACGCUGCUGUGCCCAGGACACAUGGAAGCAGCACAUCACCAACCAAGUCUGGCUUAGAUGAAACAGAACCUCAACAAGACCCAGCUUUGAGCUUGUCUGCUGUGCGGGAGGAGGGGGAAGCAGCCCCGACGGAAGCGGAGCUGGAGCAGAGGGUGGAUAUUUUCCUGUCAGAGACAGACACGCUCUGGAUGUUGGAUCUGCCGACUGCUCUGGUGUCCACGGAGGCAGAGGAAGCUGUGAGAGUUCUGGAGAGGAAUAAGAUUUAUACAGAGAUUUGCAAGGCUAAAAUUGGCAGUGAGUACUUUGAAGAAAAAAUAGUGCAAACCUUCUCUGGAGCUGCCAAAAACAAGGAAAUGCAAUGUGAGACAAUCACCGUGGCAGAGAAAGGGAUGAUGGUGACUUCCUGGGAUUUGGAUCAUUCCCUGAAUGCCUCAGAACCUACAGAGACAGAAGAACCCAGAGCUCCAGCAGGGCAAAGCAGCAAAUCUCCCACAGCUGAAGAGCACACUCAGGCUGUGCCUGUCCCUUCUGCCAGAGAGCCUGCUGUUCCUGCCAGGAGCCACGAGGAGAAGGAAUGCCAUUCAGAAACCAUCUUAACCUCAGCAAACCUGCAGCAGGAUUUAGUUGUCAUGGAGAGGAUUCUAAUGGAGAACAUUUUUCAACCCAAACUCGCAGUUUAUCGGCAGAUUCCUGUCCUCAUAGAACCUGUCAUUACCUCAGACACUGAGGCAGAGGAGGAUGAGGAGGACGAGGAGGAGGAAGAGGAUGAGGAGAAGCAGGAGGAAGCAUCAGAAGCAGAUGAAAGCCCAGCAGAAGAUGCAGGUCCCAGGCUGGAGCAGCUGUGGUCGUACAGGUGUGAUUUAACCAGCGGCCACAGCGUGAGCAGCAUGGCUUGGAACAAAACAAACCCUGAUCUCCUGGCAGUUGGGUACAGAGAGUUUGUUUCUCUCAAGAAGAAAGGCCUGGCUUGCUGUUGGUCACUGAAGAACCCCAUGUGGCCAGAGCGCAUUUUCCGCUGCGAGCACGGUGUCACAGCUGUGGAUUUUUCCCUGGCAAGGCCCAAUCUCUUGGCUGUUGGGAUGGCAAAUGGACGCGUGGCCAUCUACGACGUGCGGAGCCGGAGGGACGCGGCGCUGCUGGACAGCAGUGCAUCCCUAAAUAAACACAAAGGUCCUGUGUGGCAGCUGAGGUGGGUGCAACAGGACAGAGGUGACAAAAAAGAGAGGCUGAUGUGCAUCUCGGGAGAUGGGCGAGUGACCCAGUGGUUCAUCCAGCAAAGGCUGGAUUGCUUUGAUGUGAUGAAAAUCAAGAGAACACAAAGCGGGAAGAAAAAAUUACCAGGUGAGAGAGAAAGGAAAAGUGAAGCUCCCAUAUCACAACAGGCAGCUGGGAUGUGCUUUGACUUCCAUCCAGAGGAUUCUGAUAUUUUUCUUGUUGGAACAGAAGAGGGCCACAUCCACUGCUGCUCUUGCUCAGGCAAGGAGCAGAUUCUGGGGACUUACAGAGGCCACAAGGGCCCUGUGUACAAAGUUGCCUGGAAUCCCUCCAGCACAGACAUGUUCCUCAGCUGCUCUGCAGACUGGAGCAUCCUUUUGUGGCACCGGGAUUCCUUCACCCCCCUUUUAACCUUCACUUCUGUCACAGCUUUUGUUCACGACAUCAAGUGGGCUCCAAAAUCCGCCUUCAUCUUCGUGGCGGUGAACGAGAGGAGGGUGGAGUUUUGGGAUCUGAGUGUCAGCAUCUUCCAGCCGGUGUUCUCCUGUGCUGCCAUCCCCGAAGGGAAUCUCAGCUCCAUCCUGUUUGCCAGGAACGCCGAGUGCCUGCUCCUGGGGGACAGCAGUGGCCAGGUGGGGGUGUGGCAGCUGCACAACCUGGCUGUCCCCAGCACAGAGCAGGUUGGUUCCUUGUGUGACAUUGUUGCUCCUGCUGGAGCUGUUUAACAGCAGCUGAUAUCCCUUCUCCUUCAGGAAACACUUGCUGUAGUAUGAACAUAAAUCAGUUAUCCUUUUUUAAUCAAUAAAGUUUCUCUUUG